AUGCUGGCCCGAGUUUCGUCCAAGAAGGAAACACUUCGAGAUCUGCGCAUUGUACUGUGGAGUCAUACCGAGGACUAUAACAAGUAUAGUCUGUGCAGGUUGAUAGCUUUUAUUGAUGACUGCAUUGGCCAGUUCGGCCAUGAUGAAGCCAAGCAAAUAUUUGGUACCGCGAAUACCGUGGCACGUUCUAUGAAGGCCAUUCGCCGUGCUUGCCUUGGUGAUUCAACGAGGGUAUCGGAUCGACAUGAGAACUACCGUAGGGACCCCUUCCCAGGACAUGCAGAACAGAUUAAGCCAAGCCCGACGUCUCAAUUGCGCCGCCUUCAACCUGAAGUUGCAAAAAGUGGCGUUCAACGGGCAGAUGUUGCCGAUCAGCUUGAUGAGAUUAUUGGAAUAUACAGAGGGCUUGGUUGGGAUCGAUAUGAGAUGGAUAAAGUGGUUCUAGAAGCGAUCGUUGACCCCCUGGACCUUUCCAAGAAAAGGCCCCGGUCGAAUGAAAUCCCCAAACGUGAUGGAAUCGUCGGCUGUCCAGAGAACUUUAAUCAUAAAAUGUUUGAGACCUGCACUGAUGAGCUAGAUGACGAUACUCUUGCUGUUGAAAGCCAUCAGUCUUGGUACAGAGAGUAA